AGCAGCACGCAGGCGUGGUGAGCGCUCCCGCAGACAGGGGGCGUCAAUAUGGCGUCCUGAGAAAGACAACACAGCCCGACAUCGCACCGAUCUUCGGCAGAUAUCGGGAAGAGAGAGGGACCGUUUCGCCAAACGCAAGACGUAAUUACGUCCUGUGCAUCCCUCUGAACGGCCGCGAGAAUCGGGUCUGGAUGCGCAGAUCUCGGCGGAGGAGGACACCUGAUCGAGAAUUUUUCUUUUUCAUCUGUGUUUGAUGCUGCUGCUCAGUGCUCGGUGAUACAAAAGCAGGUGAGACCGAGGCGACCGCUCCUUUUUGGGAUUCGGGUCGGAAAUGUCGAGCGAGAAACCGGUUUUGCACCGUGUUCCGCCUCGCUCACGGACCGAGAAGCCCCCACACCGGCAGCAACAGCACCGCCGGGUUCGGGGCAGCAAGUCGUAACGGGCUCCGUCACCGGGGACAUGAUGGUGUCUGGAUCGGGCGCCGUGGUUCUACCGGCCGGGGUGAUAAACCCCUCGGUUCCGAUCCGGAAUAUCAAGAUGAAAUUCGCCGUGCUCAUCGGUUUGAUCCAGGUCGGCGAGGUUAGCAACAGAGAUAUCGUGGAGACAGUUUUAAAUCUGCUGGUGGGUGGAGAGUUCGACCUGGAGAUGAACUUUAUCAUCCAGGACGCGGAAAGCAUCGCCUGCAUGGUGGAGCUGCUGGAGCACUGUGACGUAACCUGCCAGGCGGAGAUCUGGAGCAUGUUCACAGCUAUCUGCGGAAGAGCGUUCGCAACCUACAGACCAGCACCGAGGUGGGGCUCAUCCAGCAGUGCUGCAGAGCAGAUGAGCGCCGUCGACGACAUGAUUGCAGGUGUGCUCUAA